CUCACACCUCUUUUGUUAAUAUUUAUUAGGUUGUCGAAAUUCUCUUAUUGAAAAGCUUGUAACCAACACUUGACCGCCAUGUUUUUGAGUGUUUUUAGAUUAAAUUGCACAGCUAACUAGGUUGUUCGUUGCUAGGCUAAUGCCAGUUAACAGUAGUAAAGAGUGAGUUAGCGGUCAGAGUGUGUGUGCGUGCGUGUUUGGUUGUCAGCCGUCGUCGGAAUAAUUUGCACAGCCUGUAAUUUAGUGCUACAAAGUUGUCAUAGAAUGGCAUCUGCGUCGGCGGCGCAUGAGCCAAACAUAACCCCGGGCUCCCUAGCGUUGGCUGACGCUUUACUCCCCGCGAGCAUCUUCGCUCCAGACCGGGGCGGAUGCGGGGAAGAGGCCGGGGACGAGUGCCUCGAGGACGGGGACGUUAUCAACGGCGAGCCCGAGGCUCGUGGGAUUGACUGUAGCAGCAAGUUGGCACUUGUUAGCCCAAAUGGGGAGCAGUAUGACUCUUUACUGCGGCAGCUUCGUGACAGGAUGGAAGAGGGCUGCGGAGAGACCAUCUAUGUGGUUGGGAUGGGCUCUGAUGGUGGUGACUGGGGUCUGGAUGAGAAAGAUAUGGAGGCCUCAGUAGCAACAGUGCACUCUAUGUGUGAGCAGCUGGACUCGGACCUCAUUUCCUUGAGAGAACGCAGCGAGGCUGCCGGGACGGUGCGUGACUAUCUGAUUCGGAGGAGAGUGGGCGAGCUGGACUUCCUGGAGGUCAGGGUUGCUGUGGUGGGGAACGUGGAUGCCGGGAAGAGUACCCUGCUGGGGGUGUUGACGCACGGUGAGCUGGACAACGGCAGGGGCUUCGCCCGUCAGAAACUCUUCAGACACAAGCAUGAGAUGGAAAGCGGCCGGACCAGCAGCGUGGGCAACGACAUCCUGGGGUUCGAUCAGGAGGGGCAGGUUGUCAACAAACCUGACAGCCAUGGAGGAAGUCUGGACUGGACCAAAAUCUGUGAGAAGUCUUCCAAAGUCAUUACCUUCAUCGACUUGGCCGGCCACGAAAAAUACCUGAAAACCACCGUGUUUGGCAUGACGGGACACCUUCCAGACUUCUGCAUGCUCAUGGUUGGCAGUAAUGCUGGGAUUGUGGGGAUGACCAAAGAGCAUCUGGGCUUGGCUCUAGCUCUUAAUGUGCCUGUUUUUGUUGUGGUAACCAAGAUAGACAUGUGUCCAGCCAAUAUUUUACAAGAGACUUUAAAGUUGCUCCAGAGGUUACUGAAGUCGCCAGGAUGUAGAAAGAUUCCCGUCCUGGUGCAGAGCAAAGAUGAUGUCAUUGUGGCAGCAUCAAACUUCAGCUCAGAGAGGAUGUGUCCCAUCUUUCAGAUCUCUAAUGUGACGGGGGAAAACAUGGACCUGCUGAAAAUGUUUCUCAACCUGCUGUCCUCCAGGACGUCCUACAGGGAUGAUCAGCCCGCCGAGUUCCAGAUAGACGAUACCUACUCCGUUCCGGGGGUGGGGACCGUAGUUUCAGGAACUACUUUACGAGGACUCAUUCGUCUGAAUGAUACCAUGCUCCUGGGUCCAGAUCCUCUUGGUAGCUUCAUCUCCAUUGCUGUUAAAUCCAUCCACCGCAAAAGAAUGCCUGUGAAGGAGGUUAGAGGAGGCCAGACUGCCUCGUUUGCUCUCAAAAAGAUAAAGCGCUCAUCUAUAAGGAAAGGCAUGGUCAUGGUGUCGCCCAAGCUAAACCCUCAGGCCACUUGGGAGUUUGAGGCUGAAAUCCUGGUCCUGCAUCAUCCCACUACGAUAUCGCCCAGAUAUCAGGCCAUGGUCCACUGUGGCAGUAUAAGGCAGACGGCGACCAUCCUGUCCAUGAACAGAGACUGCUUACGGACAGGGGACAAGGCUACGGUCCACUUCCGCUUCAUCAAAACCCCCGAGUAUCUGCACUGUGACCAGAGGCUGGUGUUCAGGGAGGGCCGCACCAAAGCAGUAGGGACCAUCACUAAGCUGCUACACUCCACCAACAACAUGCCCUCAAACUCCAAACCUCCACAAACCAAAAUGCAGUCCACAAAAAAGACGCCACUCCGAAAAGAGGACGGUACCACGGCAACCAGUGAGGACGCAACGAUAGCACAGCCAGCCGGCCCAAACACGUCACAACCGGGAGAGGGAGACGAUGACCCUCAGAUAAAGGAGGGCAACAAAGAGAACAAGCCAAAGUCUGGAGGAGGUGGAAGGAGACGAGGGGGCCAGAGACACAAAGGAAAAGGUCAAAACAGCACAACCAACUCAAUACCAGCUCCCUCCUCGGCAGGAACAGGAAACGGUUGAACCUCUCGUUCCAUAAACCAUGAAAAAGAAGAUGUGAUGGGAGCAGCAGUCUCUUUCCUCGCCUGUUAACCGUUUUUAUUAUAAACAGACACCGUUUCUGCAUUCUCCUGUUAGCUGCAUUUACUAGUUGGAGUAGUUUGGAAGUAGUGAUGUUCUUGAUGAGCCACUGAAGGAUGGAUACAAGCAGCUAUGGUUUAAGUUUCCUCGUGCAUUCCUUGCGUUUUUGCAGUGAGUGACAAGUUGUUCCAUUUAUCUUGCAGAUGUAAAUUAGCUGUUGUGUUAAUUGGAAAGAUGUACAAAAUGUAUGCAAAUCAGAGAUGAAUGUUGCAGAGGGCAUGCGAUGACUCAAACUACAAAAACACAAGCAUUAUUUUACCCGUGGGUUAUUUAUUUGGUAGAAUAUUUACUCUUGGUUGGUUGUAACCAUCCUAAUCUCACCGAGGUCUUAGAUUCAGUCACGCUUCCACCAUCAGUCCAGCAGCGUUCAAACAAAAAUGUCAAGCCGAUAACAAAUAUGAUGCAUUAUUUGUGACUCUAGUACCCCAUUUGUUGCUGUUUAAGUCACAUUUUAACACCGCUGCAGAAAGGACCGUUAAUAAACACACUUCAACAGUU